AUGUCACCUCCAAAACAGCCUAUCCUUUUCCUCACAAGCCCCGAACAUGGACAGUCCAACGUCGCACUUGCAGUAGCCGAAGAGUUCCUACAGCGCGGCGAGUUCGAAGUCCACAUCGCCUCGUUCAAGGAUUUAUCAGCUCGCGUGCAAGCGAUAAAUAACAAAGCGGAGUACGACCAAGUGAUCCACUUCCAUCCAAUUGCAGGUCCGUCCCUGGCUGAGAUCGUGCCACGUACAACACCGAGUAUAUCUCAUCGGCCAGGGCUUGCCGGAAUACUCGAUGCAUGUAACAUAAUCAACAUCUCCGUGCUGGGAUGGACACCUGACGAGUAUAUACUGUCGUACCGAAGCUGUCUCGAGAUCUUGAGAGAUGUUCGUCCGGUCCUCGUGGUUGCAGAUCCGCUGUUGCAUCUAGGACUAGAUGCCGCUCGCAGUGUUGACUCGCGAAUCGUGAUACUCUGGCCUGUGCCUUUGAAAGACGUGGUGGCAACUGUCCAGCCGAGAGCUGCCGUUCUUUGGAAAUACCCCCUCACCGGGUCAGGUUAUCCAUAUCCCCUACCAUGGAGACUAAUCCUUGCAAAUAUAUACAUGGUAUUUUGCUUCGCCUGGAUUGUUCGCUUUGGUAAACCCAUGCGCGAUCUCCUGGACAUACGGAAGAAAGCAGGAAUCCGCACUGCAUUUCCCCAGAUGGCGCCAUACUGUGAAACCUAUCUGCACCUCUCGCCUUCAUUCCGAGAGAUGGAUUUUCCAUUAUACGUGCCAGACAAUGUUAUCAUCUGCGGUCCGAUCGUCCGGUCAUUUUCGUCGCUUAUAGAAAGCGAUCCAGCACUGGAGUCGUGGCUGAAGGAGCCAACCAUUCUGAUAUGUCUUGGAUCACAUGUUCAAGCCCCAGAGAAUGAUACAAUACAGAUGGCAAUGGCAAUACAGGCUGUUAUGAGUGAGUUCCCUAAUAUGCAGGUCUUGUGGAAACUCAAAUAUGACUGGGAGAACUCCCCGACGGUCAAGAGUAUUCUCGCACCUCUCGUUAAAACUGAUAAAGUGAGGAUUUUUCCAUGGAUCCAGCCAGAGAUUAUAUCUAUUCUGGAAGACGGUAAUAUUGUUGCAUAUGUCCACCAUGGAGGAGCCAACUCGUUCUUCGAGGCGUGCAAGGCGGGUGUUCCGCAAGUCAUUCUGCCCCAGUGGUUCGACACAUACGAUUGUUCGGUCCGAGUAGAGUGGCUAGGUAUUGGCUUACACGGAAGCCGCAAUUCGGCACCGAAAAUAACCGGAUCGGAACUGUCUUCGGCCCUGUUGCGAGUGCUAAAGGAUAAAGAGAUUCAGACGCGAGUCAGGGCCAUUGGAGAUUUGUGCCGGACAACUGAAGGACGCGUAGUUGCUCAUGAUCAGAUCGUACAGUAUUCCCGGAAAGAUUUGUGA